UAUGAAUGAACUUCAUCAUAGCAAUGAAAGUGCCCGCAGUCCUGAGAAUAACAGUACUAUGUACCGAGUCGCUGCUUGUGAACCUUAUCAACUUAAAGAUGAAUACAUUCAAUUAGAUGAUUUAUUGUUAGAAAAAUCAGUUUAUGAGCAUGUUGAAAUUCAACAAUAUCUUCCAAACAAUGCUAUAGACCGGUACCGAUUUAUGAAAGAAGUGCAACUUAUAUUUCCAAUCGGUAAUUUACUUGCAGUAAAUGAGAGGCGACAUGGAAGUAUUCUGUAUAUUCCACUAGCAUUAUCAAUUCGUGACCUUUGUGAAACUGUAGUAGAAAGAUUAAAAAAUACUUAUAGUGAUCCUUUACCUUCUAAUAUUAAUAUUCCAUCAGAUGAAUGGAUUCGUCUGCAAUUUUGUCCUGCAAAUGCCACUACAAUUAGUGAAGAUGCACAUUAUUGUGCUGUGCUUUUCAAAUAUCUUAGAGAAUUUUGUAUACAAUACCGCCAGUGGACUUGUUUAAUCUCUGCUGAUGAUAAGUACAAGAUUCCUAUUGGGGAAGAUGUUGCAGUUUCUACAGGUGUGCGAAAUCAACGCACUAUAGUUUUUCAAGAAAGCACUUUGGCUGCUGCUGAUCAUGAUUUCUCAAAACUAUCUCUAACACCGUCGGUUAUAUUUUUUAUAUCUAUUCCUAAUGAUAUCUCUGGGUCAUUUUAUGAUGGACAGGUGUUUGUGUCAUAUAAAGAUAUAGUUUUUGAACCAAGCACAGCUAUUAGACAUUCGGCAGAAUUUUUAAAAGUGUUAAAUAUUCAAUAUGCAUGUCAA